CCCAAAUCCGAAGUCGUAGUAGGUUGUAGAAGGAUGGGGCUCUGUAAAUGUCCCAAAAAGAAAGUUACGAAUCUUUUCUGCUUUGAACACAGAGUAAAUGUUUGUGAGAACUGUUUAGUUGCAAACCAUGCAAAGUGUGUGAUCAAGUCUUACCUGCAGUGGUUACAAGACAGUGAUUACAACCCAAACUGUAGCCUGUGUCACCAGUUACUAAAUGAUGAACAGUAUGGAGAUUGUGUUAGAUUGACUUGUUAUGAUAUUUUUCACUGGCCGUGUCUGAACCAAUAUGCCCAGCAAUUCCCUGCCAACACAGCACCUGCUGGCUACACCUGCCCAACCUGCAGUGCUGGAAUCUUUCCUCCACCCAACAUGGUGUCACCAGUGGCAGACAAACUAAAAACACUCCUCUCUACAGUGAACUGGGCCAGAGCAGGCCUGGGAUUACCACUGAUAGAUGAACCACAAGAGCCAGUCCUCCCUUCCCCACAGGAGGCACCUCCACUGACACAGAGUACUCCAGUGAAGUCGGAGGCCACCUUACCCACACAGAACACACCACAGAAAUCUGGCAGUGUUCCAAGUCAUGUGACUACUCCUUACUCCACAGGAUUUUCAAGCACACCAGCUGCUUCUCCUUACCCCUUAGGGGCCUCACCAAACCCCCAGACAGGGAACUCAUACUCUCCAGUGUCACCUCCAAACUACAACAACAGACCAAGUGCUCAUGUUCCCCCUAAUCAGCACAGUGUGAUCAGCGUGGAUGAGGGGACCUCAGUGAGGGGCCAGGAUAAACUCUCAUUUGGAGAUCCUAGAAAGUUAUUUGAUUCCACAAAAGAAGACACAAAUUCCAUAUUUAAUACAUCACAGGACCACGAUGAAAAUAAGUACAGAAGAAGAUCUGCGAUGGAGUGGCUCACCAAAUGGCUGAAGUCUCGAGAUAGUAAGCAUGGAAAGAAAGAUCCCCUGACUUUAAGGAAGCGUUUUCUGAUGGUUUUAUUAAUCGGUGUGAUAGGAUUUUUGACAAUUAUUGUGAUAUUCUCAAAAUUAGGUCGAAGUGAUGUUGAUGAGGACCCAUUUUUAGGAAAUCCCCAAGUGAGAGUGAUGGAUGAGAUCCUAGAUUGAUAUUAUGCCUGACACUGAAAAUGUUUUUAUCUGUAGACUUCUUACUGCAAGUCAGCAAAUGCAUGUAUUUUGUACAUAUUGUUAUAUGAAGUGAAAAAUAUGAAUUACAUUUUUAUCAGAAAGACUUGGUGAAUUUUAUUAAACUGAGUUUCAUUUAAAAGAUUUUGACAUGAAAUUCUCUUUUUAUCCUGAAAUUUGAUUAAAGUUGAUCAAGUUUGGAUGUCUUCUUUCAACAAUUCCAACAUGAUUGGUGGCUUAUAUGACAUAACUCUCUCUCUCUCUCUGACAAUGUUAUCAAUGUUAUAUCUGGUUUAAAUACUAAACUUAAGUCUGUAAAGAAAAUUAUCAACUUGUUCUCUUGGUAGACAUUUGUGACACAACUUGACCUCCUUUGUAAAUUUUGACGUAUGAGUUGAUGGGGGUAAUUAACUGAACUCAAACCAUACAAUGUGUAGCUUUAAAAUAAAAAUGUCAGAAAAUGAAAUGCUUUUUUGCCAAGAUGGUAACAUGUAAUCAUUAUGUGGUUUAUAUAUAUGACUAACUGCAUUUGAAAUUUACUGAUUUUAUUGAUACAGCUAUAUAAAUAUUUGAACAGAAUUUUGAACACCUGCCUGAAUAUCAGUGUGUUAAAGAAAGUCAGGCAUUCUCUGCAUAGUUUUAAAUUUAGGCCUCAAGUUGAUAUCUCAAACUGUUAUAAAGCUUGAAUUUUUUUUAUUGGUCUUGCCAAGCUCCUGAUAUAUACUUCAAUAAUUGUACUGAAAACUUAUUAAACAUGUAUCUGGAGAAAAACGCUUUUAGACUACUAUAUAAAUGUAUUCACCAAUGAACUUUAAGUAUAAUGUUGUAUGGGUUUAGUGUAUGGACUGUCUGUGACACUUUUAUUUGAAAAGAUGAAAAUGGCUUUCAUGAGAUAAAGCUGACUAUAACAUGUAUAGUGCUAUGUGAUCGAAAUGGAUAAAAUAAAUUGUUUGUUGUGAAAUUUCGUACACUUUUAACCGUGUCACAGAGAUCUGAUUGUUGAUUUGCAUGAGUGCAAUUUUUAUUUAUUCUUAAGAUGUUUGUAAUAUAUUGUUUUUAACUUAAAGUGGAUGUUAUAUUUGAUGUAUAUGUACAGAAUGCAGAUUCAUUCGGUGAGAAUUUUGCUUUGGUUUUUAUAAAAUAUGUAAAACCACUGUAUUGUUACAUGUAUAUGAGUCAUAUUAUUCUUGUUCAUUGCAUAAUGAAUAUCAAAUAAAUUAAGAUUUUCAUUUA